AUGGCGGCCAAGGGGGCCCGGCAGCGGCCGCGGGCGGGCGGCGGGGAGGCGGCGGGGCGGCGGCCGGAGGCGGAGGAGCCGCGGGCAGAAUCGUCCGGGAGCAAAGCAGGACAAGUUUGGGCCCCCGAAGGAUCAACAGCUUUCAAGUGUCUCAUCUCGGCCAGGUUCUGUGCAGCCCUCCUGAGCAACAUCUCUGACUGUGACGAGACCUUCAACUACUGGGAACCGACACACUACCUCAUCUAUGGGAAGGGGUUUCAGACGUGGGAGUACUCCCCAGCCUAUGCCAUCCGCUCCUAUGCUUACCUGUGGCUCCAUGCCUUGCCAGCCUGGUUCCAUGCCCGAGUCCUGCAAACCAACAAGGUCCUUAUCUUCUAUUUCCUCCGAUGCUUCCUGGCCUUCCUGAGCUGCAUUUGUGAACUCUACUUCUACAAGGCUGUGUGCAAGAAGUUUGGGCUGCAUGUGAGCAGGCUGAUGUUGGCCUUCCUGGUGCUCAGCACGGGGAUGUUCUGUGCUUCUGCAGCUUUCCUGCCCAGCAGUUUCUGCAUGUACACCACGGUGGUUGCCAUGACUGGCUGGUACAUGGACAAGACCUCUGUGGCAGUGCUGGGGGUGGCUGCUGGAGCCCUCCUGGGCUGGCCCUUCAGUGCAGCUCUGGGGCUUCCUAUUGCCUUUGACUUGUUGAUACUGAAGCAGAGGUGGAAAAGUUUCCUGAACUGGUGUGUGGUGUCAUUGAUCCUGUUUCUGGUGCCCUUGGUGGUGGUGGACAGCUAUUACUACGGGAAGCUGGUGGUUGCACCUCUCAACAUUGUUUUAUACAAUGUCUUCACCCCUCACGGGCCUGAUCUCUACGGUACAGAACCCUGGUCCUUCUACUUCAUCAAUGGCUUUCUGAAUUUCAACGUGGCUUUUAUUCUGGCCCUGCUGGUGCUGCCACUGACCUGUCUCAUGGAGUGUCUGCUGCAGAAGUUCCAUGUUCAGAAUCUGGGCCGUCCCUACUGGCUGACUCUGGCUCCCAUGUACAUCUGGAUCAUGAUUUUCUUCAGCCAGCCCCACAAAGAGGAGAGGUUUCUCUUUCCCAUCUAUCCCCUCAUCUGUCUCUCCGGUGCUGUGGCUCUCUCUGCUCUCCAGAAAUGUUACCACUUCAUAUUCCAGCGGUACCGCCUGGAGCACUACACGGUGUCCUCCAACUGGCUGGCCCUGGGCACCGUCUUCCUCUUCGGCCUUCUGUCCCUGUCACGCUCUGUUGCCUUGUUCAGAGGCUACCACGGGCCCCUGGACCUGUACCCCGAGUUCCACAGGAUUGCCACUGACCCCAGCAUUCACACAGUGCCAGAGGGCAGGCCAGUCAACGUGUGUGUGGGGAAGGAGUGGCACAGGUUCCCCAGCAGCUUCCUCCUGCCUGAGAAUUGGCAGCUCCAGUUCAUCCUGUCGGAAUUCAGGGGCCAGUUACCAAAGCCCUUUGCCAAGGGCCCCCUGGCCACACGGAUCAUCCCCACGGACAUGAACGACCAGAACAAGGAGGAGCCGUCCCGAUAUAUUGACAUUUCCAAGUGCCACUACCUGGUGGACUUGGAUACAGCAGCUGAGACCCCCAGGGAGCCAAGGUACUCCUCCAACAAAGAAGAGUGGGUGACCAUUGCCUACAAGCCAUUCCUUGACGCUUCCAGGUCCUCGAGGCUGCUGCGAGCAUUCUACAUCCCCCUCCUCUCCGAGCAGUACACGUGGUAUGCAAACUACACCAUCCUGAAAUCCAGGAGGUCCAGGCAGAGCAGGAAAAAGAUGGGAGGCUAAAACACACACCUGGGCAACCC